AUGUCAGAAGAGGCAAAUUUGAAGUUUCCUUUGAGAAUUCUGAAGGAAGCAGGAUUUUUGAAAGAAAAAACUCUUGUAGACAAAUUCAAAAUAUAUGUUUCACUUUUAUGUCUUUUCAUCGUCGACUCUUUGCUGAUUUGGACUUUAUGGUGUGACAUCAAGACCUUCGAAGAUCUUGUGACUAUUUCUGAAACAGCAGGUUGUUAUUGUCAGGCGACGUCGAAACUUCUAGUUCUCAUUAUCUUUAACAACGACCUGAAGGACAUCCUCACCUCACGGGACCAUUUCUGGGAAUAUGACAAAUUUGGAAAGGAGUUUGGUGAUAAACUGAGAAUUAUUCCCAGAAUUGCGUUCAGUUUCAUCAAAAUAUUUAUAUUUUUUGUUCUGGGCGUACUUUUGGCGAUGCUAUUGAACCCCAUUCUCUUUGGCAUUCUUCCUACGAAACUUUGGGUGCCUGACGGACGAAUUUGGUUCUAUACGACGUGUGUAAUUCAAAGUGAAGUUCACAUUUACUCUGCUGUUGCGAGUGCUUUGGGAUUCGAUACGUUGUUCGCACUCAUCUAUAUAGAGAUAACGAUACAAUUCAAAUUGCUAAAUCGAGCUUUCUCAAUGAUGGAAAACCACAACGACUUGAAAAAGUGUGUGGAAUAUCAAGUGUUUCUUUACGAGUUCAUCGAAAAGUUGAGGAAUGUUUUUUCAGUAUUCCUGUUGACUCUGUGUUUCGACUGUAUGAUUUUAGUUAGUAUAAAAAUGCUCGUUGCUGUAGAUCCAAACCAAAAUAUGGUUCUCAGAGUGAAAGCAAUACUGUUCGUAAUUGGUAAAAAUGUGCAGCUGUCUUUAUUUUGUUUUCCGGUUGGUUUCUUAAAAGAUGAGCUAGACAGAUCACCUGAGGCCAUUAGUAGUUGCCCAUGGUUCUUGAAGAAUAAAACUUUUAGAAAUGACAUAAUUUUCAUCAUGCUGCGCUCUCAAAGAACGAUUUCGGUUAGAGCUGGAGGACUAUUUGAAAUAGAUCGUCAAGCAUUUACCGAGGUUUUCAAGUUUACAUUUUCGGUCUACACUUUGUUGAGCGCAGUUCAAUAAACAUCAAUUUUAAUUCAGCCAACAAGUAAUUUCUUGCAAAACACAUCGCUUCUAGUCUUUGUUCACUAUUAUAACAUUAUAAGUAAUAAACGCAAGCAAAAUCACGCAACAUAGAUGUUUUGCCUCAAAAUACUUUUCUCAGAGAACUCUGAAAAGGAUAGAUCUGGCACAUAGCAUAGCAAAGUAGCCCAUCGAUAUGAAAAUGAGAGAGUGAAAUGUGAGUGUUUUUUAUAU